AUGGAUAAUGAAUCUAUCUCUUGGCAUGAGUCUUAAGCAUUCCCUGAUAUCAUUUAUAAUUACUUUAAGAUUCCUGCUGAUUUAAAACAAGCUGAAUUGCAUGGAGUAUGAUCCAAAAAUAUUCAAUCUUUAGUUAGCAUAUAGAGUUUAUAAGGAACCUUAGAAGAAUUCUACAUAAUGCAAUUGCUGUAACUUUUAUAAAGAUCAUAUUAAAUUCAAAUUAUGUGAUGAGUUAAAUAAUGACUGUUUUGUAGCAUCUGAAUAUUUUCAAACAAUUAAAUGGAUGCUUAUAUAACUUACUAUUCUUUGGUAAACAAGAUAUUUAUUAUUAUCAAGCAUUUUUUUUGUUCCUUUUGGAUUAUUUUAUAAUAGAUAAGGGAAUUAAUGUGAAUAACAUCCAAAUUGUAAUUAAAAUUCACUUAAAAUAUACUCGAUAUGGAAUUUAGUUCCUAAUUAUUUUAGUCUCACAGAUAUAAGAUAUGCAAUUGUUAUUCUUUUGACAUCAUUUAUUUUUAUAAUCUUAAUUAAAUGUGGAUCUUUUAAUACAUAAAUGGUCAAAGUUGCAAUAUCAUUAAAAACAUUCUGGUUGUUGCUUAAUGGAGUUUACUUUCCUGAAAGAAUCACAAAUUAAGAAAUUCUUGAUUUUUUGAAUAGAAAUUCUUAAAUAUGUAACUAAAUUUAUCUUGUAAAUUAAAAAUUGUAUUAAAAUGUUUUAUUUGAAAAAUUAAAAUCCCCUUAUCUGAGAGAAAAACAAUAACAGUAUAUAUAUUUAUUUAGUAAAAAAGAAAAAAAAUGGUAUUAAGAGAAGUAUUUGAUGACAAUGAAGAUAUUAGGUAGAUCAUAAAAUAAUCAUUUCUAUUUUUUUCAGAUAAUGAUAUAAUCAAAGAAGAUGAAAUAAAAAAUGAUUUUAUUCAACUUUGUAAGGUAUAAGACUAAAAAUGUUAUUAUGGAUUUUAAAUAAGAAGUCCAUAUUUUCAAUUUUGUAUCUAGGUUAUUAUUGCUGGUAUAUACAGUUAACCCUUGAUUAUAGCAUAAUUUAUUAUAUUGAAAAUAAGAUAUGAUAUAAUUAAUAGUUAUAAUAAUGAAGAAGAAGAUUAUAUAAUUAAACAAUUUUUAAAUGUAUGCUUAACUUUACUUUCAAUGAUUACUUUUAUGAUAUUUGAUCAAUUAGGAUAAAAAAUAUUAAAUAGAUUAUCAUUAGUAAUUUAUCAUUUUGUAAGUAUAAAUGUAUAUAUAUAUAUUUAGUAUAUGAUAUUUUAUAUGUUUUACUUAUAGAGUUUGGAUUUUGAAACUUGGAAUAUGUUUUAAAAUAAUUUCACUUAAUCUAGUUAUAAAAUGUUAUAAAAUGAAGGUAUGAUUGAUUAUCUAAUAACAUUGAGUUACUUGAAUUUAAUUGUUCCAUCAAUAAACUAAAUAUUUGAUUAUUAUUAUUUUUGGAAAAAAAUUAAAUUGUAAAGAUUAAAAACAAAAAAAACAAAUAAUAAAACCUAAAGAGAAGCAAAUUAAUUAUUUUAAUCAAGAGAAUUUAAUUUUUAUUAAAAAUAAAUUGCUUUGAGUAAAAUUUUUGCUAUAAGCUUAAUGUUUGGAUUCCAAUAUCCAUUAAUAAUUCCAUUAUCAAUGCUUUCAUUAUUGAUUGUAUUUUGGAUUGAUAAAUUUUUAUUUAUAAAUUAUGCUAUACCUGUUGUGAAGGAUAAAUAUGAAGAAUUGNUAUCUUGUAAAUUAAAAAUUGUAUUAAAAUGUUUUAUUUGAAAAAUUAAAAUCCCCUUAUCUGAGAGAAAAACAAUAACAGUAUAUAUAUUUAUUUAGUAAAAAAGAAAAAAAAUGGUAUUAAGAGAAGUAUUUGAUGACAAUGAAGAUAUUAGGUAGAUCAUAAAAUAAUCAUUUCUAUUUUUUUCAGAUAAUGAUAUAAUCAAAGAAGAUGAAAUAAAAAAUGAUUUUAUUCAACUUUGUAAGGUAUAAGACUAAAAAUGUUAUUAUGGAUUUUAAAUAAGAAGUCCAUAUUUUCAAUUUUGUAUCUAGGUUAUUAUUGCUGGUAUAUACAGUUAACCCUUGAUUAUAGCAUAAUUUAUUAUAUUGAAAAUAAGAUAUGAUAUAAUUAAUAGUUAUAAUAAUGAAGAAGAAGAUUAUAUAAUUAAACAAUUUUUAAAUGUAUGCUUAACUUUACUUUCAAUGAUUACUUUUAUGAUAUUUGAUCAAUUAGGAUAAAAAAUAUUAAAUAGAUUAUCAUUAGUAAUUUAUCAUUUUGUAAGUAUAAAUGUAUAUAUAUAUAUUUAGUAUAUGAUAUUUUAUAUGUUUUACUUAUAGAGUUUGGAUUUUGAAACUUGGAAUAUGUUUUAAAAUAAUUUCACUUAAUCUAGUUAUAAAAUGUUAUAAAAUGAAGGUAUGAUUGAUUAUCUAAUAACAUUGAGUUACUUGAAUUUAAUUGUUCCAUCAAUAAACUAAAUAUUUGAUUAUUAUUAUUUUUGGAAAAAAAUUAAAUUGUAAAGAUUAAAAACAAAAAAAACAAAUAAUAAAACCUAAAGAGAAGCAAAUUAAUUAUUUUAAUCAAGAGAAUUUAAUUUUUAUUAAAAAUAAAUUGCUUUGAGUAAAAUUUUUGCUAUAAGCUUAAUGUUUGGAUUCCAAUAUCCAUUAAUAAUUCCAUUAUCAAUGCUUUCAUUAUUGAUUGUAUUUUGGAUUGAUAAAUUUUUAUUUAUAAAUUAUGCUAUACCUGUUGUGAAGGAUAAAUAUGAAGAAUUGUUACAAGGUGGUUAUUUCUUGUUCAAUAUUUGUAUGUUAUUUAUAUUUUUUGGAUAAUGUUUUAUGUUCUUUAAAUAUUGGAUUACUAUUAUUCUAUAUCUCAUAUUUAUUAUUUUACUAUUAAUUUUAAUUAUAGUAGCUUAUAAGGAAAGAGAUUAAUGGAUUAAUACUAAGGAAAUAUUAAAUGAACUUAUUGAGAAAUAAUAUCAAAUUAGUAAUGAUGAAAAAUAUUAAAUGUUUUUAAGUUUAUAAAAAAGACUGAAGAAAUUUGUUAAAGUAAUUAUUAAAUAGUAAAAUAUAGAAAUAAAAGAAAAGUAAUGUUAUUAAUGAGAGUAACCUAUUAGAUUGA